CGCUGUGUUGCCCUGACGACCGUGGGUCGCUGCAGAAUAGACUGGAAACUCGCUGCACUUUGAGGACCGUGGAUCUGUCGAGGGAUCGAACGCGGUGGCUCAGUUUCCUAGGAAUAUAUUGCAACAGGACGGGGGCUUUGUCUGAAGGAGGCUCUGGAUUUGCUGGUCUUUGCAGCGGUUUGUCUCCACGCUGCUGUUGGGAACAGCCCCAGUCAGAAGUUAACAGGGCUUCUGUCUUUGCAGAGCCAUGGGCAGCAAGAAGAAGGAAAUUGCCCUGCAGGUUAACAUCAGCACCCAGGAGCUGUGGGAGGAAAUGCUCAGUUCCAAAGGACUAACUGUUGUCGAUGUCUACCAAGGCUGGUGUGGGCCCUGCAAACCCAUGGUAAGCCUCUUCCAGAAGAUGAGGAUCGAGGCCGGCCUGGACCUUCUGCAUUUUGCAUUAGCAGAAGCAGAUUGUCUUGAUGUCCUUGAAAAAUACCGUGGGAAGUGUGAGCCGACCUUUCUGUUUUAUGCAGGUGGAGAGCUGGUGGCUUUGGUUAGAGGCGCCAAUGCCCCACUGCUGCAGAAAACCAUCCGAGAGCAGCUGGAGGCUGAAAAGAAAGUUCUGGCCGAAGGCUGUGAGCGCAAAGUGAUUAGAGAUGAGCCUCUGUCGGAUGAAGACGGAUGCCUCUCCCACGACAAGGACAUUGGUGACGACGAGGACGUGGGUGAGUGCAGAACCAGUCAGCAAGCUUCAUCAGGGAAGACCUGCACCUUGGCCAUCAUUAAGCCAGAUGCAGUGGUCCAUGGAAAGACUGAUGAGAUUAUUAUGAAGAUCCACGAAGCCGGUUUUGACAUUUUAGCAAAUGAAGAGAGAACCAUGACAGAAGCAGAAAUGCGGCUUUUCUAUCAGCACAAAGCUGGAGAGGAGGCAUUUGAGAAGCUGGUUCACCACAUGUGCAGUGGACCGAGCCACCUCCUGAUCCUCACCAGGCCUGAUCCUGAGGGCACUGAGGACGUGAUCACUGCCUGGCGAACGCUCAUGGGGCCCUGUGACCCUGAUGUAGCAAGGAGGGAGCAGCCUGACAGUCUCCGAGCUCAGUUUGGCACAGAAAUGCCCUUCAAUGCAGUCCACGGAAGCCAGGACAGAGAGGACGCCAGCCGAGAACUGGCGUUGCUCUUCCCCACAUUUAAGUUUUCAGAUGAACUUCUAGAAGCUUCUUUAUCUAAACACUUUUCCACAAAAGAAACACUAGGUUCCAGAUGGCUUCACUUGUACGUUCUACCAAAAUUUAAGAAAGAAUACCAAUGCUUCACAAAUUCUUAGAGAAAACUGAGGAGGAAUGCCUUCACCUCAUGUCCCAAGGCCGAGUAGAGAGGAGAUUUCUAAGAAGUCCCAAUGUCUUCAUCAGCACAUUCAAAUCUGAAUCUGAUAAUAACCGGAAUAGCUGUUCAGUACUCAAGCUUCGUAAAAUAUCGGCUUUUAUUUUUUGUUCAGCCUGAAAUGCCAUAUUCUGAAAGGAUUAAAGAAGUUUCAAAAAUCA